GUUAAUGACAAGCCACGCCCAUUUUACAAUGGCUCACAACUUUCGUCUAAGGCCAUGGCACAAUUAUGCUGCUGGUGUUGUCAUUCUAGGCACUCAAAUUGCCCUGGUCGUCUCUCCUUCCAUUGUUCCUUAUGACUAUCUUGGACCUCUGGGGCCAAUCCUCCACAAUCUUGCUUACAAACAUGAGAGGGGAAUGCGGAUUGGGUGUCUUGCUGUAUGGAUUAUACAUGCUUGUGAAGCUAGCUAUGCAUAUUUUCUUGCCAGGAGAGCUAAUUUCUCAAAUAAGGACUCUCUCUUCUGGGCGAUACAGACAUUCUUCCUUGGUUUUACGUCACUGGUGCCAUUAAUAUUGAAAAUAAAGAAAAUAAGAAGAAAGCAGCAGUAAAAUUUUAUUUUUAAAUGAAUUUUUAAAUUAAUAAU